CCCUAAAACAGCCAGUCCAGACACGCAGAACCCGGAGAACCGGCAGAUCUGUGACUGACAGCUGCGUUCUCCAAUGAGAGCGGAGCUCGUGAAUGGGGAGGCGGGGCUUCCAGGCUGAGGAACGCGCACUGUGAGCCAAGUGAGAGUUCGCGAGCGUAAAUAAAAUGUUAGGUGUCAUCUUUCUGUAGCCGUCUGUCAAUUUCACACAUUUCUCAAUAAGUUCUCGUCAGCUCUGUGAAGGCGCGCUUGCAACUUUCAGCGUUUCUGAGGGAUUUGUUUGGUCAGAGGAUUGAACGGUCAAAGGAGCGCAGGCAAGAUGGGUGCUGGAGACGUGUUUCGUGCCCCGGUCGCAGUGAUCGGUGCUGGGUUACUGAGUGUCCUGGGACUCUCAUGGUUUUGGAGUUUGGUGGCACUUUUAGUCAUUUACUUAUGUUCUGGAGGAUGGAGGUUUCUCUAUGUGGCCGCAUGUACCAUCAAGAGAGACAUUACUGGUCUGUACGUACUGUUGCGUGUGAAAUUCUUCAUGGAUCAUUAUAUGCGUACACAAAGCACUGUCCCGUCCAUAUUCGCCCAGCAGGUGGCACUCCACCCGGAAAAACCGGCUCUUAUCGAGGAGUCCACAGGCGAGGUGUGGAGCUUCUCUGAGCUGGACCGGCGGUCGAACGCUGUGGCACAGUGGGCCCUCACGCAGGGCUGGGCGUCAGGCGACGUGGUGGCCAUCUUCAUGGAGAGUCGCCCUCCCACGGUGGCCCUGUGGCUCGGACUAGCUAAAGUGGGCGUGGAGCCGGCGUUCAUCAAUUUCAACCUGCGACGCGAUUCGCUGAUGCACUGCGUGGGCGUGUCAGGAGCUCGGGGGAUGGUGUUUGGGGCGGAGCUUCUGGAUGUGUUGCUGGAGGUGAAGGAGUCUCUGCGCUCUCUCGCUCUCUUCUGCACCGGUGCGGCUCCUGACGAGACUCUGGACUCGCUGUCGGCUCUGAACCUGGACGUGCUGCUGGCUUCAUCUCCUGACACGCCGCCCGCCGUCACGCACAACAAGGGCUUCAACGACAGGUUAUUUUACAUCUACACCUCAGGAACGACAGGUUUACCUAAAGCUGCCAUCGUGGUUCACAGCAGGUACUAUCGCAUCGCUGCAUUUGGAUAUCACUCCUUCGGUCUGCAGCCAGAUGAUGUUGUUUACUGCUGCCUGCCGCUCUAUCACUCCGCAGGCAACAUCGUUGGCGUAGGUCAGUGUCUGCUGCACGGUCUGACGGUGGUGAUCCGCAGGAAGUUUUCUGCUAGUCGUUUCUGGGACGACUGUGUCAAAUACAACUGCACAGUGGUCCAGUACAUUGGUGAAAUCUGCCGGUACCUGUUAGCACAGCCGGUCCGUCCGUCCGAGUCUCGUCACAAGGUGCGUGUUGCCACAGGCAAUGGUUUGCGGCCCAACGUCUGGGAAGCGUUCACUAAACGCUUCAAUAUCAAACGCAUCGGUGAAUUUUACGGAGCCACCGAGUGCAACUGCAGCCUGGCCAACAUGGACAACAAGGUGGGGGCGUGUGGCUUCAACAGCGUGAUUCUGCCCAGCGUUUAUCCCAUCAGACUGCUGAGGGCCGACGAGGACACCAUGGAGUUAAUACGGGACAGUCGAGGACUGUGUGUCCCCUGCAAACCUGGAGAACCAGGGAUCAUCGUUGGCCGAAUCAAUCCAAAUGAUCCGUUACGUCGUUUUGAUGGCUACGCUAAUCAAGAGGCCACCAGUAAAAAGAUUGCGUACAACGUCUUCAAAAAGGGAGAUUCGGCGUAUGUAUCAGGUGAUUUGAUGGUGAUGGAUGAGUUUGGUUACGUGUAUUUCCGGGACAGAGGCGGAGACACGUAUCGCUGGCGGGGCGAGAACGUCUCGACCACGGAGGUGGAAGGAGUUUUGAGCUCUCUGUUGAAUCAGACGGACGUGGCCGUCUACGGCGUCUCAGUGCCAGGUGUGGAGGGGAAGGCAGGAAUGGCCGCCAUAGCGGACUUGACGAAUGACUUUGACUGCAAAGCGUUUCUACAAGAUGUGCAGAACGCUCUUCCCUCUUACGCUCGGCCCGUCUUCUUACGAUUUUCACCCGAGGUCGACAAAACAGACACAUUUAAAAUCAAAAAGACUCGCUUACAGAAGGAAGGAUUCGACCCCGGACAAACCACUGACCGGCUCUACUUCCUCAACAGCCGUUUGGGGCGUUACGAGAGUCUGACGGAUGAACUCUACAGCGACAUCAUGCAGGGAAACAUGUCUCUAUAAGUACCACAGAGUGUCUUUAUUGUGUAAAUGUCAUAGUGGGGUAUAAAUACGCAGUUUAUUGCACAAAAUCAGCGAGAUAACUGCACUACAAUCAAGCUCAUACUUGACACACUGUUCGGUUAGUACUUGAAACUACUAGUUCUGCCUUUCACAUCAUUCUAUAGUAAAACAAAUACCUUAUUUCAAUUCAGGCACAUAUGUUUAUAGAGUUUUCUGAUUAGAAAUAAUGGACUGAACUCACUUUGUGAAAUUAUCUGAGUAGCUGAACUAAACAAAGGUGCUUUACAUGAUUUUUUUUCUGAACGGAUUGCAUAAAAUGACAUAUAACUGGAAAUAGGUUUCAUGAGGCAAACACAUUACUGUAAAUGACAGAAAAAGACGUUGUGGGGGAGCAGCGUGUGAUUAGUUGGUCAGAAGACUAGUUAAUCGGUUGUGUUCUCUGUGUCUGUGCAUCAUUUUGCAUGUUUGGGUUUGUUGGUUUUGGAGAGGUUUUCCCAUUCAGCUUUAUCCAGGUAUUUCUGACUUACAGCACUGUUUAUGUGGUCAACACUGUAAUUGAGACGUCUAUUCGAUUUCAUUCUUUAAUACUGACAGAAUUACGGACAAGUAAUGGUAAUAGUAUUACAUUACGCAAAACAUCUCGAAUCACAUGUUAAACUUUAGAAUUUCUUUUUUAAAAGCAGGAGAAACUCCUCAGUAAAAUAAAGUGUAUUGAAUCAAAAUGUUUUGAUGUGACAUGUACAUAAUCAUUAACCAUUAGCAAAUCAGAUUGAUUUAUUCUUUUUUAGAUGUUUUGACUAUUUUACAUUCGCUUGAACUGAAGAAUUUUAAUAAAUUUAAUUUAACAAUUUUA